AUGAUCAAGCGCAAAGUUUUGCUACUGCCAAGAAUACAAGAUAUUCUAAAGAAAAGAAAUGGCUACAAGUAUUUCACAAAGCUUGACCAUUUGAUGUUUUUCUACACCUUUGAAAUGGACAAAGCGUCCAAGGACCUAUGUGGCAUUGUCACACCCUUUGAUAACUAUCUGGUUGUGGGGAAGUCACCUGCCCCAGCUCAGCGGGCCAACGACCCCUUGGCAACAGUAUUGAUCGACUCUUGUUUGUCGAAGACUGAGCCUCCCAACCCUCCUCGACCUUCAGCUCCUCUGUCCGUGAAGAAGCAACUUACUUAUGUUGCCGCCUCACAGAAGAAGGCUGCUAUUCAGACCAAGUACCUCUCUGAAGAAAUGAAAGCCCGUGAAGUGACACAGAUGAAUUUGACUGGGCUUCCGCGCUCAAACGCCCAGUUCCUCUGCGCUACAAUCAACUAUGAAUGGGAUGGCGACACAUCUGAGGGUGGUUCUAUUGAAAAGUGUUUCACUGAAGAAAUGGUCUCGGUUCUGUCUAUGGCUAUGGACAACGCUGAGGGCGACUUGGUCAUUCUUCCGGUGAGCGAACUCCGUGUACGGGACAAGAAGUUGUGGCUGACCUCUAAGGAGAAAGUGGAGGAGCUCACCUACAAGAAGCUCAAGCCCUACAUUGACUGGUCCUGGAAUAAUGGCGCCCGAUUUGGCUACAACGCUAAGAACCCCGGCUCCAAGACUCUUUGCACCCGCAUUCGCGUCGCCCACAACUCUUCUCUGGACGACAUGUCCCGACUCCUGGGUUAA